UGUCCCAAAUAUGUGAAGCUUUAUUCGCUACAACUCUGUGCUCAGUGGUUGCUACCCAGUGGGCCGAGCUUGUUGAACCCUCCAUACGGAGCCAUGAAAAUGGGCACGUCAGAAGCCCACUCUCCAUAUAUGCACCUGUUCCUCUACGUCACACCAAGGUUGCAGACCCAAAAGCUUGUGAUCGCUUUCCGAAGGGGAGCAUGUGCGUAGAUAGUACACCGGCUAUAAAUCGUACUCCAUGGAUUCUAGCUCCAUUCAGCUCACUGUGCGCACACAGGAUAAACUUCUUUCUUCACCACGACAUGGAGGACGUGGGUCGCCAUGCAGCUUCGUUGCUGGCUAGUCUGAACCAUCAACGAGAACAAGCGAACUUGUGUGACUGCGUGCUCAGACAGCGAGAGGACCCUGCUCAUCUCUACCCAGCACACAAAUGUAUUCUGGCUGCCUCCAGUCCAGUUCUGGCCAGUAUCCUCUCCACGACAGGUUCCUUGGUGGAUCUCCAGGCUCCGUGUUUGGCCCACUCGGUCCUGGAGCUCGUGUUGGACUUUAUUUACACGGGAGUACCGCCUCCCGCUCGGAGUUGGCAACAGUACUGCGAUCUACUUGCUGCUGCCCACCUCUUGGAGAUGGAGCAACUGCAGGAAGCUCUAAUGAACACUCCACCGAUGGAAGGGAAUGACGCAAACGGCGCCUAUAAUGAACCUUUGAGGACUCUUUUUCCUCAGGAGUUGGAUCGCAUUGUAACACACACCACUGAUUUGUUGAGUACAAACACAGAGAAGUGGCUACGAGCACAAGAAGACCAAAAACAUGUGCUCCAAUUUACAGCCCAUGUGGACCUCGGUUCUUUAUCUUCCUCUUCUCUGUGCAGUGGGGCAGUACCGGUCAUACGUCACAGCGGCAGAGCUGCAACUUUGCCAUCGGGCCUCCAAGUGGCUUCUUGGGAGGAGACUCACCAGUGCAGGCGCAAGCAUUGUAUCGAUAACUCACAGGAAAUACCUCUUGCGAAAGACUUCUAUGCACACAGAUACUAUGAUUAUCAGAGCAGAAGAAAUGAUGAACAUGUCAGGGAGAACCUGGAAGACAAUCGUGGAGUUGCCGAGACAAGAGCACAGCAGCAGGAGGACUCAAAGCAGUCGCGACGUGAGCCGCUCGCCAACAACGGGAACACUGAAGUCACACAUCCACACCUAAGUGACAACAAUGUGCUUGAUCCUGAGGAGAUGUUUUACCAAGGAGGCCAUUAUCAUCCCACAGCCACUUCACCAGAGCAGUGUGGUGAUGAAGAAGAGGUCGGGGUCUCCAGCGGUUUCGAACCUGUAAACCGAACAUCCGGUCUUCCUCUUCCGGGCGAGACAUUGGCACAAGAAACUGUGUCUGUAAUUGAUCACGGUCACACAAACAAAGAUCACGCUGGGGCUUCAUCCCGUGAUUCUAAUGGACAUUUAGUGGUGAGGGAACACCAUGUGAGGUGUAAAGAGGCCUACACAGCUCCCACCAUGGACAAUCACAUUCAAGCGUCAACGUCCACGCCCAGCACGCUGCGGGGCAGCCGCCACCCGUUUCAGUGUUCGCUGUGCACGCGCUCCUUCAGCCAGCGGGGCACCUUGAACAGACACAUGCGCACUCACCUGGGGGUGAGGCCUUUCCCCUGUCCGAGGUGCCCGAUGACCUUUUCCCGCCAGUACCGCGUGACGGAGCACAUGCGCGUACACCAGCGCUGCAGCGACCUCCCGAGUGACUUUAGCAAGUCUACUCGAUUUGAUGGGCAACACAAAGAGGAUUGA